GGGGAGCCCCUCGCUGCGGCGGAAUAUGAUGGUGAACGCAAUUCAGAAGGUGAACGACAUGGACGUGGAAAAGCACGACUACCCAAUGGUGAUACAUAUGACGGAGAAUAUGAGCAUGGUCUUAGAAAUGGACAGGGGACCUACAGAUUUACAAAUGGUGCUCGCUACGUUGGAGAAUAUCGUCAAAACAAAAAACACGGCCAGGGCAUUUUUUUUUAUCCAGAUGGAUCAAAAUAUGAAGGAGACUGGGUGGAUGACCAGAGACAUGGCUAUGGAGUUUAUACCUAUGCAAAUGGAGACAGCUAUACUGGAGACUGGUUUAAUCACAAUAGGCAUGGGCAAGGUACGUACAUCUACAAAGACACUGGAUCUAAGUAUGUUGGUGGCUGGAUAAAUGGAAACCAGGGAGGAGCAGCUGAACUUAUCCACCUAAACCACCGAUUUCAGGGCAUGUUUUUGAAUGGAAAUCCUGUGGGUCGUGGCAAAUAUGUCUUUAACAAUGGAUGUGAACAGCACGGUGAAUACGUACGCUCAGAGCAGGCUAAAGAGGAGGAAGAAGAGGAGGAGGAACGCUCAUUACUCGUUGCACCAAAAUGGAAAGUGACAGAUAUUACCAAAGUAACACUCUGGACACCCAAUGUAGAGGAACCACCUUCUCCGAAAGAAGCCCUCCAGACAGCAGCAGAAGCAGCAGCAGAAGCAGCAGCAGAAGCAGCAGCAGAAGCAGCAACAACAGCUGUAGAGAAAGAAAUGCCAUCAAGUGCAGUCACUGAUGAGUCUGCUGAGGGUGGGGAUGAUGAGCCUUCUCCUCCUGAAGUAUUCAGUGAAGUUUUGAGCCCAAUGAAGGAAGCAGAAGAGGAAGAGGAAGAGGAGGAAAGCAGAGAGGAAGAAGAAAACAAAGAAGAUGAAGAGGAUCAAGAUAAGGAAGGAAGCAGGAGCAAUCAGCCAUCACUGUUUUCCCCCACACAGAAUCAAAGGAAACAGGAACUGGAUACAACUAAAGAGGAAUAGAGCCAAAAAAGGACAUUUCAGAGUAAAUUGUUUCGGUAUGGUAAGCCUGUAAUACUUUUAUAAUAAAAAUUUCUUUAACUGAGCCUUUUAAUUGAAAAUACUGUCACUUCUGUGUGGAAUAUAUAUUUCUGGCACACUUAUGAUCUCAGAGAGUGCUGUCUCAAGACCACUUUCUUUAUUCCAUGCAGCAGGUUAUCAGUUGCUGAUAUUCUUGUUGAUUAUUCUGAUUAAAUGUUGAUUAUUCUGGCGUCAUAAAGCUGUGUCCUUACAUGCUUGCAGAAUCAGGGCUUUGAAACACUUGACAUACAAGUUCUUAAAUGGAACGUAAAUACAUGCUAUAACAGAUCAGACCACAUAUGCCUGUAGACAAGUAUAUUGCUUCUGACAAUCUGUAUUCAGUUCUUCACAGGAAGAUUACUUCCAUGCCUGACAAGCACCUUAAGGUUGGCCAAAAAUUCAGAACCUGGUAUCCAUCUUGGAAAUUAGUUAAAGUGCUAGAAAGCAAUCAUAAAAUCAUUUAUGUUGGAAGGGACCUCGGAGUUGUCUAAUCCAACCUCCUGCUCAGACCAAGGUCAACAAUAAUUCAAAUCACGUUUCUCAGGUUUUUGUCCAGUCAAGUCUAGAAAACAUCAAAGGAUGGAGGUUGCGCAACCUCUUAGCAACAUGUUCCAAUACUUAGUUGUCCUCAGAGUGAAACAUUUUUUCCUUAUAUUCAGUUAUAACCUCCCAUGUUUCAGUUUAUGACCACCAUGUCUUGUUCUCCUAUUCUGUUCAGAAACAAAGAAACCCCUGGCUCUGUAACCCUCUUACGUAUUGUAAGGCCUCUGUUAUGUUCCCUAAAGCCUUCUCUUUUCCAGGCUAAGCAAGCCUAAUUCCAUCACUUUCUUCUCACAGGUCAUAGGCUCACAGCCAUCUCAGUGGCCUGCUGCUGGAUUUGCCCAAGUUUAUCAACAGUCUUCUAGUACUGAAUUGGAUGCAGUAUUCCAGAUGCAGUCUGGUAUGAGAUUUUUCAAGAGACCACAGACUCAAACCUCUCCCAUUCUGGUAGUUCCUCUUUUCCUUGAGCCUUGUCUCUAUGUACAGAGACCUGGGAGGUCUUGUUGAUGAAGAUAAAGACAGCAUUAGGCACCCCUAGUUGUAUCUAUAUCUACGGUCACUAGACCACCAGUUAUGGGCCCACAUUUUCCUUAUUUAUUCCUUUUCCUGUUCAUGUAGCUGUAGAAGCUCUUCUGGUUGCCCUAAGCCCUCCUUUGCCAGUUUCAAACUGAGUUUUGCUUUCCUAACACCACCCUUAGAUGCUAGGGUGGUAUUUUUAAAUUCCUUCAUUGUAGCUUGUCCUUGCUUCCACCUUCUGUAUACUACUACUUUUUUUAAUCUUGCAGCUCAGUCUCAAGUGCCUGAUUUAGCUUGGGGCCUUAAGUUGUUUACAUGAAACUUUAUCUACUUCCUCCUCCUGAUCAGAUUAUCUGUAAGAAAAUUACCACCAUUAUGUCACACUUACUGUUCUCUCCUCCAACCUGCAAGCUCUCAACCAGCGUGUAGGCUGUUCCGCAGAAGAGCUCCAUUUAUUCGAGCUGGUCUUUAACAUAGAGGAUAACCCUCCUUCUCAUCUUCCCUUCCUGUCUUUGCUAGUGAGCCUGUAUUCAUCCACUGGAGAGCUCCAUUUGUUUCAGCUGUCCUACCAAGUUGCAGUUUUUUCCAAGGAUGUCAGAGUUCUCCAUCUGCACCCAGAGCUCUAGUUCCUCCUGUUUUGCAGGAUGGAUCCAUUUGUGCAGAAAUACUUGAAGAAGGCUCCCUUUUGACUUGUUUUAUCCUUCCCACGGGCUCACUUGCUCCCAUGUGCUUACCACCCCUGAACUCCAUUCCUUCACUUACUGUGAGAUGUUAUCACCAUCCUCCAAGGUAGCAAGUUUAAGUCUCUCCUCACCAGGUUUGAAAACCUGUAGGCAAAAUGAUAGAAGCCAAAGCACUACCUGCGACAGCCACGCAGCCAGUUGUUAACUCUCAGGAUUGUGUCCGCUCCUACUUGAGCCCUUCUCAUGGAGGAAGGGGAAGACCACCCUGUGGGCUCCCACAUCCUUUGCCCCCUCAAACCCUGUAGUCACUCUUGGUUUGCUCCAGGUCUCCCUUGGCAGUGUCAUUGACGCUCACUCUGCUGACCAACAAGCAGUAACAGUUGGAGGGUGAGAUGAGCCUAGGCAGUCUCUCUAUAACACCCAGGAUCUGUUGUUUAUCUGCAAAGCAACAAGCCUCCGAUGACAGCACGCCUGGUCAGCAGACAGGUGCCCUUUAUCCCCUAACAGGGGAUCUGCAGCUACUACCGCUCAUUACUUCCUCUUGGUGUAGAUGCUCAACUUGGGUCCAGCUGGCUCUGAGGGCCCCCUUAAUCACACCUGUCCCCUCCCCUCCUGUCCAUGCUCUGUACUGACUCUGUGUUCAGGUUUGAGCUGGGAAAAGCGAGCCUUUCUUCUACUGCCAGGUUGCUUCCAGCAACCUUCCUCAGGGUAGCUCCCAUCCACCACUCUGCCCCGCCAUCCUCCAUUCUCACACCACGUGGGCUGUCAUCUCUGCAGGGCCCCUGCGAGACUCUGAAAACCUCCCACAUGCCCUCCAGUGGGGCACAGCCCACUCACCUCCUCCCACAGGCUCUUCACCUGGUGGCACAGCCCAGGGCCAUGCACACCUCCCACAGGGACACCAUCAUCAUUCUCAACCCUAGCUGGGCUUUCCCUCCAGCUACAGACAGAGACACCACCUCCCUCUGCCCAAGCCCGCUUAGAUACACCAGGGGCACUUCCUCAGUCAGUGCUAGAGAUGAAGCCCAGCAGCCCAUCACCCUGGUACUGCACAAUCCCACACUGUUUGGAGCAGAGCUUCUGUCCCCUCUCACAUCUUGCCACCCACACAAGUACCAAAACCUCUCUACUGAACUCCCACCUAGGUAGCUGUUCCAGCACUCUCUAAUCAGCAACCAGCUAACAAUUAAACCUGCAGGCCCUUUUUAAUCAAGAACUUGUCAAUCAGGAAACAGCUGGGAAGAGAUACCAGUUGCAGAAGCCCCUAAAGGCUAUCAGGAUCAAAAGGUUUUAUAUAAAUAGUUUAGUAAGUUUAAAGUAUGAAGCAAGGCAGAGCUGCACAAAAUAUUGAGCAAGCACUAAAUGCCAUAAAUGGGUCUUUUCUCCUCUUCUGCAGGUGAAUAAAGCUACUCUAAAACAUUUCUUCCUAUUAAUAUGUAAACAGUAGCUUAAUUGUUAACAUGUGUAUGUGUCUGCCUUUAUGGCUUUCUCAUAUUGUUAGAGUAUUGGUAUGAAUGUUGAUGGGCUUGGAACCUGGGAUGAAGAGUUACCAGGCAGUAGCAGCUUGUUUUUAAAGUAAAAUAACUGAUUUUGGCCCAGAUGAGGUAAGAGACGUUGGACCAAUAUUGCUGAAACAUGACUCAUUUUUCUCUUAUUCACCUUAAAGCAGGAAAUCUGUACUAAAAUUUUAUUUCAGGAGAAAAGGGGGAAACAUUUUAACAAGUUCCUUUUCUUUACAACUCACAAUUUCAGGCAAGAUAAGCCCAGAAGUGUGAAAGUUAGUGAUAAAAAUGAAUUAACAGAAAGUGGUGAUAAGGAGACGAGAUAUAUGAAAUAAAUAGAGUUUAUUACUUCUCCCUGUAGUUUUUCCCCUAAAAUGUUAAAACAUGGUAUGUUAAAACAUCGGAAAUGUUGUUGUGAGAAAUAUCAUCAAGAAAAUUCCCACGUGAUCAUUUCCGUCAUAUCUUACAUGUCACUUUGUUUACAAUUUUUGUGUGACCUCUGUGAGCCCUUUUAGAAGCGGUUAUCUUUGUCAUUUACUGUACAUCCUCUUUUUGCUUUCUUUGGUGAACAGAAGUGCUGCAUCUCCAUAUCAGUGUAGCUAGAUCAAAGUAACCUUGAAAGUAAUGUUGGGGUUUUUGUUUUUUCAUGAAAUCCUACAAGUCAAUAGUUGCUUGUUUUAAUAUAUUCCACUGUAAAUUUGAGAAAUAUCUGCACAACAUAUUUCACCCUAACUCAUUUCCAUUUUUAUGGUAGUCUUCAGUUCAAACUGAAUUCAUUCUUGGCUGAUGUAUGAAAUUGCCUUUUCCCCUGUAGCAGCCAGUACUGUACUGUUUAUUAGCACCUGAGUGACCUCCAGUGGUAUACCUGCAAAAAGUGCAUCCUAUCUGCCACGCAAUCAAGGAUAGCUGAGGACGUCUGGAAGUCUCUAGUAUGUUAAAAAGCGCUCCUGAAAAGAUAAUUCACUCCUUCUGGAAAACAUCAGUGCUUUUGUUAGCAGAGACAUUCCAUUUCACUGUAACUUCCAGAAAUACCUUUAGGCUAAUCUGUAAACUGGUUAAUAGUAGUACCUGUGUCCCUAUCUGGGAGAGGGAGGAACCCCCCACAAAAGCUUGUUUUGCUAAAGUGUACCAAGCCCCUCUCACCCAUCUGCCUUUUCACUUUUCAGUAGCAGGCAAAUACCAUUUUAAAUAGUAUUAGUUUAUUUAUAUUGGAGACCUCUUCCUAAAUAGUGUAAUAAAGUAAGUGCUGAAUGCUGGGAUAUGAUGUUGAACUUAAGACUCUGGAGCUUUUCUUCCAGCUUUUCAUCCUCAGAUUAUCACUCUGAUGUCUGAAUGGCUUAUUCAAAGGCAGCACAAGUAUUCUCUAAAAGUAUUAGACCAUUUUAACCAUAUUUACGUAAUAUUGAUUUAGGUGCCUAACUUUAUGCCUUUAAACCUAUGACUUGUAAGCCACUAUGGGUAAGUCUGAGCUCAAGAGUCAGUAAUGGUCAUCGAAAUAUGAAGCUGCUUAUGAAAAAAAUGGUGUUUAGAGUAUCUAUGUUCCACAAAUCUUAAAAAAUCAUUAGGAAAUGCCAUCAUAUUUGACUUUCAGACCUGCUUCUUCCCCAAAGACAGGCCUCUCUUGAAAUUUGACAAAGAGGCUGGUCACGAGAGUUCAUUGUAGCUACAGGAGGCACCUGGGUUCUCCAGUUCUCUCACACCAAGGAGGUCUUGCAGUGCACCUAUUUCCGCCUCAAAAUGCAAGUAUCUCUCAGAAAGAGGCCCAUUUCACAUUCACAGAUGAUAAGAGAAAUGAGACCUAUUUGACCCGUUGUCUAAAGUAGGCUUUUCCCUCUUUAUUCCACUUCAUGCUAAGGAAAUUUAAGCUAUUUUCCAUAAGUGUUAUGAUCUAUGCAUGCAAGAUGCAGGGAACAUCCGUUCUGGUCUGUCAGAUUUUAUGAGUCUUCACUUCCUUCAAGUUUGAGGGACUGCAGGGGGAUAGCUUGCAGUAUCUAGGACUUCUUUUCUUCUAAGAAGACUCCACAUGCAGUGGAACAUAAGUGAACAUCUUUUUUUUUUGGAGGGCUGUGCUGGAAGAGCAAACUGUCUUCCCCCCUGCCCCUUUAGAGGCCAAUACAUUUUUAUACAGUAGAAAGUAGAUUUUUUUUAAAUGACUCUGUUCAGCCUGGGGAGUCUUACCAAUUUUAAUUUAGAAAUAAGGCAAAUAUGUCAGAAAUCAAAUGUUAGGGGAAGGAAACGGGUUAAGGAGACAUGAAAUUGCUUUUGCAGUUGGUUCAACAACUUCCCCACGUACACACCCUGAAAGAUGAUGUCUCCUUGAAAGGGUCUGUAGGCCCAGCAAAGAGGUUAUCCGUAAUGUGCUUCUUUUAGAGACAUAAAAAGGCAUGGUUAGACUCCAUGAAGGAAUGCAGGGAACACAUUGCUGUGCUCACUCCUGUAUUCAUCCAGCACAGAGCAGUUCUCUGCAGAUAACAGCUCAGAAUCCCAAAGUUAUAGCCGCAUUACCACAAUGCCGUAGCUGAGCUAGUAAGUCCCAUUAUUUAUUAAGGUUACAUAUUGGCAUAGUUCUGUGCUGAGCUGGGUCUGUGGGAGCACCUCUCUAGGUCUGGCGUGAGCUCAAAGAUCUCUGCUCAAAGCACUGCUGAGGUGUGCAGGUAAGCGAGCAGAGGAGCUACAGCACAAAAGCAGAUGUCUGUGCUCUUCUGCAGCACUGAAAUGCGCAGACAGCCCUGCACAACAGCACAGCCCACAGAGCCUGAAGUUUUACUGUGUACAUGAAGUUGGAAACAAAGCCAUAAAAGAGAUUUGCAUGUACAUUCCUUAUUCUUCCAUCUGGAAUAAACGACUUGGUUCCAUUCGUGAAGGAGAGCAAUUAUUUAUGAUUCGUUUUCCAACUCCACAUAAUUACAGAGAUAUUCUCUUUGGCAGAGAUACUUUCACAAACCACUCUUCAGAGGUUUUUUAAAUAGCACAAUUACUCUCCUGUGCUGUAUCAGUUUCCGAACUAUCCUCAAAUACAGUGAUCUACUAUAUGACUUCAAACUAAACGCCAUGCUAUAUAAUAAAUGAAUUUCCUCAGACAACUGUGGGACCUCUUUUUUACAUACAUCUGGCUUGCUAUUUUUUAUAAGGACUGAUGCUUGGGAAAGCUUCUUUUGAGUAAGCUGGAACUGGAGAAUAGGAUAUAUUGCAUGUAGUUUUUAUUUUGUAUAUUAUUUAUUCAGCUAGCUAGCCCACAAGAGAAACCUGGUAAAACACCUGGGAAAUGACGACUCAGUAUCAAACAAAUGUAGGAACAGAUGAGUCUUAAAAGACAUUGCUCCCUCUUGGUACAGAAAUAAAGUCAUUGUAUUUUAAAUGUUUUCUGUUAAAACUGCAUUAAUGAGUUUUCAUAAACAGAGUGCAACACAAA